AUGGGUUUUCAAAUACCAAAUUUCGAUGAAUCAGGUAUAGGUGAUAAUGAUGAUGAUCUUGAAGCCGAAUUACGACGAUUACAACAAGGUAGUGAAGACGGCAAUCAAAGAUCGAGAGGAUCAAAAUCUGAUCCACGUGGAAUGCCACAAGAUCUUCAAACAUUUCAUAACGAUGUAAAUAAACUUCUUCAUGAUAUUGAUCGACCUAUAAAUGAUGAUGAAUUAUCUGAUGUUGAUGAAGAUGAACUUCUUGCUGAAUUGAAUGAAAUUACGGAUGAAAUUGAUACUGAAAGAUAUGAUCGAACAAAACAACCACAAACAGCAACAUCCAGUGGUAAUAUAGUGUCUGUACUCGAAGCACGUCAAUCAAUGUAUGUCAAAGCUGUAGCAGCGGCAAAAGCAAGUGGUGAUGCUGCAAAAUCUCGACGUUUAGAUCGACAACUUAAAACAAUUCAAGAUUUACUUCAAUCUGCUCGUGCUGGUCAAUCAAUUGAUGAAAGUGAAAUUCCACCUGAAGUUUUCAUUGCUUCUCAAUCUGCAUCUGUACCGCAGCAAACACCUGUACGAGCUCCUUCUCCUUCGCCAGCACCACCACAGCCAGCUGCACCACGUUCACGUGUUGUACCUUUACCACAACCACCACCUCCAGCAUCGAUCCGAACCAAUAAUAAUAAUAAUCCAGCUGUAUUUAAACCACAAGCACCACCUACUUCUACAGAUUCAGAUCCUGCAAUUGCACGGCUUAAAGCCUUAGCUUUACAAGCUAAACAACAAGGAGAUAUGACGAAAGCAAAAGAAUAUAUUAUUCAAUUGAGGGCAUUACAAAGUAAAACAACAUCUACGGUUCCUUCUUUUGCACAAAAAGAAACAUAUGAUAAUGUGCCAGAAGAUGAUGGUCCACCACCAGCUUUACCAUUAAAAGCACCUGAACCUCGUACAAUCAUGGAAGCAUUACAACAACGACAUGAAGAGUUAACUAAACGUGGUGAAGAAGCAGCUAGAAGUGGUGAUAAUCCCAAAGCAAGACGAAUGGAACGACUUUCAAAACAAUACACCGAAGCUAUCGAUGCUACACGAAAAGGUCGUCCAUAUAAUUAUAGUGAAUUACCAGAUAUACCUGGUUUUGCACCGAUUCCUGUUCAACAAUCUAAACCUCAACCAACGGCACCACCUUCAUCUGUUCCAGCAGCUAAACCAGUACCAUCAAAUACACAAACACGACCAUCACAAUCUCAACAACAACGGCCUGUACCUACAGCAGCCUUGACUACUACAAUUAACGCAAGAAAAAGUCAACAAGUUCAAGUGCUUCGUCUUAAACAAGAAAAAUUUCAAAAACUUGCUGUACAAGCUAAACAAAAAGGUGAUCUUGAAACGGCUAAAAAGUUUCUUUUUGCCUAUAAAGGGCUUGAACAAAUGGUUGAAGCUGCUGAAUCUGGUUUACCUGUUGAUAUGAGUCAAGUACCUAAAUUACCUGAUGAUGAUAAUGAUAUGAUAGAUGAUGAUGAUUUAACACAAGAUUUAGCUCGUGCAGAUCGUGAUACAAUAUAUCGUCGUUUACAAGAAGAUCUUCUUAAACAAAUUCAAUUAUGUGCACGUAAUCAACAAAUAUAUGCACAAAUGGAAGGAAUAAAUAAUGCAAAAUAUACAAAUGAAUAUAAAGUUCUUGAACAACGUUGUGCAAAUGAUUUAGAAAAAUUACGACAAUGUUUUCAACAUGGUUUAAAACCACCAUUAUUUCAUUAUGAAAGAAGACAAAUGACUAUUGUACAAGUUAAUAAUGAUUUAGGAGAUAAUGAUCUUGAGGUUAAUAUUCUUCGUGGUAUUAAUUUACCUGUUCCAUCAGGUCAAUCUGCAUCAUCACUUGAAACUUAUGUAGCUAUCGAAUUUCCUUAUCCAACUGAAACUCCUCAAACGGCACGAACUCGUCAUGCAGUUGGUUCAGUAAAUGCUGAAUAUCCUGAUUCAUUACAUAAAUUUUAUAUAAAAUCCAAUGAUGCAAAAUUUAGACGCUUAAUGAAUCGAAAAGAAUUAAAAUUAGCUGUUUUUUAUAAAGCUGGUUUUCUUCGAUCAGAUCGUCCAUUGGGUACAGCAUCAAUUAAACUAGCUACAUUAGAACAAGCAUGUACAAUACAUGAAUCAGUUGAUUUAUAUGAAAGUGAACAUAAGAAAAAAAUUGAAGGAAAAUUAGAAGUUAAAUUACGUAUUAAAGAAGCAUUAGGACAAACAAAAGCAUCAGAUAUAUUACCACAACGCUGGCUUGUUAUUGAUCGUUUUGAAGAAUUAUCUUCACAUGCGAAAUCAUCAUCAACAUCAAAUCAAUCAAAUACAGCUGAAUUGACUGAUCGUCAACGUCGACGAAAACAUCAACACCAAGAACCAGCAACACCAUCUACAUCCGCAGGUCCACAAUGUGUUCAAGUACUUAAUUAUGAAGUUUCACUUAUUCAACAACAAAUUGAACAAUUACAUGAUCAUCUUACACCUGAACAACUUCAUCGAUUAAAAAUGAAACGUCGGGAAAUUGAGGAACAAAGUGAUCGAUUAGUUGAGUUUUUACGUAUGGGAGGAAAACAAGCUGUUCAAGAACAUGUACGAGGUCUUGAAGAAUUAAGUGAUUAUUAUGAUCAAGAAGCACGCGAAUAUCAUCAACGACGCGAAACAAAAAAAGCUGAUAUUGCUCUAACAAAAAAGAAACUUGUGAUGAAAGAAAUCAAUACACUUACAGGGCAACCAUCAUCAACAAGAUUUUGA